AUGGCCAUUUUCUUGAUAAUUUUUGUUGUGUUUUUUGGAUUUUGCAUUUUGAGUACUCCUCUAUUUAGAUGGAUUGACAUUGUGUACAACAAGAAAAAUUUGCCUCCUGGAACUAUGGGUUGGCCAAUUUUUGGUGAGACUAGGGAAUUUCUAAAUCAAGGUCCAAAUUUCAUGAAAAAUCAAAGAGCAAGGUAUGGGAAUUUCUUCAAAUCCCACAUACUUGGUUGCCCUACUGUUGUUUCAAUGGAUGCAGGGUUGAAUGUAUAUAUUCUGAAUAAUGAAGCAAAGGGACUUAUCCCAGGCUACCCACAGUCCAUGUUAGACAUUUUAGGGAAAUGCAAUAUUGCUGCUGUGCAUGGUGCUACUCACAAGUACAUUAGAGGAGCACUUUUAUCUCUAAUAAAUCCCACAAUGAUCAAAGACCAUAUUUUGCCCAAAAUUGAUAAAUUCAUGAGAUCACAUUUGAGUGGUUGGGAUAAUUGCAAUGUCAUUGAUAUUCAACAAAUGACCAAAGAGAUGGCAUUUUUCUCAUCAUUGGACCAAAUUGGUGGGUUUGCAACAAGCUCAUCAAUAGCUCAAGAAUUCAGGGCUGGAUUCUUGAAUAUUGCACUUGGAACUAUUUCAUUGCCUAUCAACUUUCCCACCACAAACUAUUAUCGCGGAUUACAGGGGCGGAAAACCAUUGUCAAACUAUUGAGGAAAAUAAUAGAAGAUAGAAGAGGUAGCAAGAAAAUUCAACAAGACAUGCUUGGUUUGAUGAUGAAUGAAGAAGCAAAAAAUAGAUACACAUUAAGUGAUGAAGAGCUAAUUGAUCAAAUUAUAACAAUAAUGUAUUCUGGAUUUGAAACUGUCUCCACUACUUCUAUGAUGGCUGUCAAGUAUCUUCAUGAUCAUCCAAAAGCACUUGAAGAAAUUAGAAAAGAACAUUUUGCAAUCAGAGAAAAGAAGAGUCUGGAGGAUCCAAUUGAUUACAAUGAUUUUAAGGCUAUGAGAUUUACAAGGGCUGUGAUAUAUGAGACAUUAAGGUUGGCAACAAUUGUAAAUGGUGUUCUUAGGAAAACCACACAAGAUAUGGAAUUAAAUGGAUACAUGAUUCCCAAAGGAUGGAGGAUAUAUGUGUACACAAGAGAGCUUAACUAUGAUCCAUUGAUUUAUCCUGACCCGUAUACCUUUAACCCAUGGAGAUGGCUGGAAAAUAACUUGGACCACCAAAGCUCUUUCUUGAUGUUUGGAGGAGGUACAAGGCUUUGUCCUGGAAAGGAACUAGGUGUGGCUGAAAUUUCAACAUUUCUUCAUUACUUCGUUACAAGAUACAGGUGGGAAGAGGUUGGAGGAAAUAAGCUGAUGAAAUUUCCUAGAGUUGAAGCACUAAAUGGCCUAUGGAUUAAGGUUUCAGCUUACUAA